GUAUUAUCUGUAACUUUGCCAAGACUGAUCCGUCAUGAACUCCAUUGAAAGUCAACGGGGGACGGAUCCGUUUUCUAUUGUGUCAGAAAACGGAUCCACCACCAUUGACUUACAUUGUGUGUCGGGACGUCUUGCUCUAGACCACAUUGAGGACAGAAAAACGACGCUUGCAGCGUUAUUCUGUCCGCAAUGGGGACGCAACCAAAUGGAAGGAAUUCGGGUGCAUCCCGCUUAGUUCAUUUUUGUCCCCAUUGAUAACGAAUAGGGACAGGAUCUCAAUAGCGGAAAGGGAAAGCGCAGAUGUGAAAGUAGCCCAAGUCAUUAAUAUUUAAGUCCUAGAUCCCCGAGAUUCAGGUUUCAAUGGCGAUACAAGGGUCCGUGUCUUGCAAUCACAUUACAGUCUCAUGGAAACUGCAUUUUGUUUAAAGGGGUUGUGUCCAGGAUUAGAAAAACAUGGCUACUUUCUUUCAAAAACAGCCCCACCCGUCCACCGGCCAAGUUGUAAUCCAGGACAACCUAUGCACAGGGGUGGGGCAGUUUUAUUUAAUCCUGUACAACCUUCUUUAAAAUAUACAGGGUCCCUGAAUGUCACCGACCCCGCGUGCCACACUAAUCCGUUUCCUCCCCCAUCACAGGGAUGACCUGCCAGGCGAAAAGCUCCUACUUGGAAAACGAGAUCAUCUGGGGCCAUCGCUUUGAGCCCUGUAUAACCCUGGAGAAAGGCGCUUUCCGGGUGGACUACAAACGCUUCCACAAAACCUUCGAGGUUCAGCUUCCCCGCUGCAGCGCAAAGGAGAUGGAGGAGAUGAGGGAGCUCGAGGGCUCGGAGUUCAGCUUCUACUGGGAAAACGGCGACUUCCUAACCGGCCGCAGGCACACAAUGACGGACAAAGGCAACAAUGAGGAGGAGGAAGAAGAGAGGACUCAGGGGGAAAGGUACUCAGAUCGCAGCGGGAGACCCAUUGGAAACAUUGCUGAAGAGCGCAGCUUGGACUUCAAUGGCAGCGACUACAACCUGUAACACGCCCCCGCUUUAUAUAGGAUGAAUGCAUCGCUUUUGUCUUUCUUCUAGAAUUAGUGCACCGGCCCCGAUAUAAACGGAAACGCGCAGGCGGGUUCACUAAUCUGCAACAGAAGCGCCUUAGGUCAUGACUAUGGAGUGCAAUGUACACGAUACAACUAGUACCUACUUUACUAGCACCAAUGAAUCCAACACAGAAAAAUAAAGAAUAUUUCCCAUUUCUAACUGAUGCCCUAUUCAUAUCCGUAUGGCUGUCAGCGACAAAAUGGCAGGUGAGGCCUACACGCGGCGUGAACGUGGAAGAGAACCAGCGUAGUUACAAACACAUGGAUAUUGAAAUGUAACAAAUCCUACUGUUUGAAAUGUCCUCACUUUACGGGUGUGGGUCUAGUAACCCAGAAGAGCGCUUGAGUAGUCAUUCCCCGUUAAAGCAGUCAUCUGAUCUCAGACAAUGGGGGCAUAUCGCCAGAAUAUGCUUCCAUUGUCUUAUAGGUGUAGGGCCCACAUCUAUAACAGAGAAUGGAGCCCCGCAAAGUGGUGGCUGGAGGACUCCGGUUCGGCCUCCACCAAGCGCUCUCCCACAUAGCAGCGAAUAAGAGCGCACGGCGCAUGACCAGCCACCGCGUCCAUUUACUUCUACGAGCCAGCACAGAUAUUUUUCGCUGGCCCCAUAGAAAUGGAUGGAGGGCAGCUGCACGUGCGCAGUGCACUCUCCGCCACUUUCAGGACUCAGUUCUCAAUAUAGGUGCAGGUCCUAGCGAUAUACCCCCAUUUUUCUGAGAUAGGACAACCCCUUUAACGUGAACAGACAUGAGAAUGACGGUAUCAGGUAGGUGAUGAGCAUUUUCCCACAGACCGGCACCGCAGCUCCUGCGCCCUCACAUAAUACAUUUACAUUGUUCUCCAGCCCCUUUAAGAACUAAU